AUGAUAAUUGAUACAACAGAAGUACAAGCUAUCAAUUCUUUUUCCAGAUUGGAAUCGUUAAAAGAGGUCUAUGAGAUCAUAUGGAUGCUUGUCCCUAUUUUGACUCUUGUAUUAGGAAUCACAAUAGGUGUACUAGUAAUUGUUUGGUUAGAAAGAGAAAUAUCAGCAGGAAUACAACAACGUAUUGGACCUGAAUAUGCCGGCCCUUUGGGAAUUCUUCAAGCUCUAGCAGAUGGGACAAAAUUACUUUUCAAAGAGAACCUUCUUCCAUCUAGAGGAGAUCCUCGUUUAUUCAGUAUCGGACCAUCCAUAGCAGUUAUAUCAAUUUUACUAAGUUAUUUAGUAAUUCCUUUUGGCUAUCGCCUUGUUCUAGCCGAUCUCAGUAUUGGUGUUUUUUUAUGGAUUGCUAUUUCAAGUAUUGCUCCUGUUGGACUUCUUAUGUCAGGAUAUGGAUCAAAUAAUAAAUAUUCCUUUUUAGGUGGUCUGCGAGCUGCUGCUCAAUCAAUUAGUUAUGAAAUACCAUUAACUCUAUGUGUGUUAUCAAUAUCUCUACGUGUGAUUCGUUGAGACAAAAACUUUCCCUAUUUCCUUGCUUUAUAGGAAAGAAGUUAAAUGCGUUGAAUACAUAUUUUCAUAUUUUUUAUUCAACAUUUGGGUUAAUGAAUUAAACCAGAUAGUUAUAUGAGUGAGAAAAACAGCUUUUAAAUUCGCAGUAAAAAGAUUGAGUCUCAUUUCCUAUGUACAAGAGUUAAGUGAAAGUAAACAUAAACAGUAGAGGCUGCUUACCCCAAGAUUGGUUGAUUAGUCAUCAUGUCUUGAAGCGGGUUCAAAAGAUCAACUGGAUGGGGUUUUUAUUAUUUAUUACCAGACAUGUAUUAUUAUAAUGGGGGAUUGGGCAAAAAUGAGUGGAUGGUUAGGAACACCAAGGUACACAAAGGAUUAGUAAUAGAGAUUAUGUAAGUUAUCCAACAGGAUAUUUCUGCAUAAAAGGAAUUCUAAUUGGGACUUUAAGUUGGUAGAAACGAUCAAGCAGUACUCCCCACGAUUCCGAUCCAGAGUAUGCUCCUAUCCACCGAUUCGGUAAAUAACUAUCAGGAACGAAGUAAUCCUCUAUUUAUUUUUUUUGAAAGCCCCCCUUUUCUGAGAAAGGAGAAUAGGAACGAAAAAAUAAAUAAAAUAGAAAGAAUUUCAUUGCAAUAGAAAAAAGGAAAAAUCUUUUUUUAUUCUUUCUUUCCUAUAUACAUAUUUAGAGAGACGGGCUUUUUAUCAUGAUUCAUGAACUAAUGUAAUGUCUAAUUCUUUAACUAAUGUAAUGUCUAAUUCUUUUUCGUAAUUGAAAAUGGUAGGUUGAAAUAUGUAUGGAUAUUGCUACAAAAAGUAUUUUAUUGAAAGAUUAAGUUAUUACUCAUACACAACAAAAAAAGAAAAAUUAUUAAAAGAUGAGAUCAAUUCAGAAGCACUUUUUU